UAGGAAUUGAUUUUUCAGACGCGUGCUGUCAGUGACCGUGGUUUUAAUAUUUCGUCGAUUUUAAAAUGGCUCUCUGGCUAGCCUGUGUCGAAACAAAGGAAUUAGGGCUAAAAUCUAGGACCAUCACAAUGUGAAUUCUUGCAGACCACAGAGGAGAGGCAACGUGAGCCUGCAUUGACGUGGUACUUGGAUAGCGCAGGAUCACUAGACUGUCAGAUGUCUAUCGUGAUCAGUUUAGAGCUAGCUAUGUCUGAAUUGGUAGUCAAUACGCUGGCUGUUGUGUAACUCAGAUUGUAGACAAAGUGAAUCAUUGGUUGUGUGUGAUGUGGAUGAGGACCUUGUGAAAAAACUGCGGGAGUUUCGUUUCCGAAAGGAGACCAACAAUGCUGCCAUCAUCAUGAAGAUUGACAAGGACAAACAGCUGGUGAUUCUUGAUGAGGAACACGAGGACAUCACUCCUGAUGACCUGAAGGACGAACUUCCAGAGAGGCAACCAAGAUUUGUGGUGUACAGCUAUAAAUAUGUUCACGAUGAUGGACGGGUGUCUUAUCCUCUCUGCUUCAUAUUCUCCAGCCCCGUUGGUUGCAAACCAGAACAACAAAUGAUGUAUGCCGGGAGCAAAAACAAACUGGUCCAAACGGUAGAAUUAACCAAGGUGUUUGAGAUCAGGAACACGGAGGACCUGACUGAGGAGUGGCUGAGGGAGAAGCUGGGCUUUUUCCGCUAGUCCACCAGCUGAUGAGCGCCCGAGGAGAGAGGGCGAGCGAGUGAGGGUGAUGCACGCUACUCAAGGGGAGAACAAAAUCCUGAUCCUUUUUUUCUUUUUAAACCACAGUUAACAAUCUGCUUUGUCUUAAUGCAAUCUUGUGCACCCAAACCACCCCCCCACCUUAAUGUAAAAGUCUUAACCUUUGACAAGCCCAACGUGAAACUGAUAUGAGCACAUACAACUCGAAUCACGGUAGAACAGAAAAAAAUUAACAGCUGAAGAAUCGAACAUGUGGUCCCAGACAACACUCAUGUCAUUUUUUUGUGUUUGUCUUGGACUUCUCAAACACUGCCAUUUUACACCUCAGCAAUGUACCAUUAAGACAUUUAACGGUUCUCUCCAACAUUCAAUCACAAAGACGCACAAAGACCACUCCGAUGAGUCAUGUAUGAAUGCUAAAACACACUUACCGUGGGAAUACACUACAUAUAAACCAGAUUGUUUUAUUUGUGUUCAGAAAGAGGCAUUGUGGUUUCUGUGGUAUGUCUGACCAAUGAAAAUUGAAACCCUAAAAAAGUCUCAGAUGCCACAAUGACCUUUUGUACCACACUACCUGCUGUGGCAGAAAUCGAUGUAAAUGUAAAGUUGAUUACUUGGGUUGUACAGUACACGGUUCUCCCAGCCAGUUUUUUUCCUCCAUUGCUAUACAGUUAUUGUGUAAAAUGAACUACAACUGUGACCAAAAAUAAAUUCCAUCCCUUCUUUUUUUAAAUCAUAAGGGUUUCCCAUGCGACAUGUUUAGAUUGACAUAAUGUCAUUUGGACCAUGGGAACAAAAAGGUCACAGCUCGGACACCAUAGAAAGUAUGUAGCGUCUAAUUCUGUUUCUUUCUACAACGCGAGUACAUAUACAAAUUUUAACACUCUUCCAACAAGUAAUUCGGUGAACUCUUAAUUCUUUUCUCCAAACUACUUUUCAAGAAAAGAGCUGUGAAAACUAGAGUUGCACCCACUGGGAGUGGGAAACACUCCCGAGAGCACUCCUUCUACACCGUGAAGCACGGGUGAGCCUGUUUGGGGGCAUCCACUGUAUUUUUCAUCUCUCUCUAUUUGAAGAGGUCAGUAUAUGUAUAGCAGUAACUCAUUUGUAACACACUUUAAUAUUUCGCUCUUUUACCUAAAUAACUGUGAGGCAGAGUGCAGUAUAAAUGGGAAUGUCUCGCAACCUGCUUGGAUUAAUGCUGAAAUUGUUUUAUAUAUUUACGCUAAAAAACAGAAUCUUCUCUAAGAAUGCGUCAAACACUGGAUUAGUUUGGAAUGUUUACAUGAAAACUAUGAAAAGCUAAUCUAAGGAUUUUUGUUUUUGUUUUUGAAGGUCUGAGUUCAUGCUAAAAUAUUAUUAACACAUUUAUACCUCCAAGAAACUCUGUGUUCCGUGUUGUAUGUUUGAUAAUUACACAUGGCAUGCACAUCAUAGAGGUUUUCUGGGACAGAUUUUUCUUUUGUAUGUAACUUGAAUAGGAUGGCGAGAGUGGUAGGGGAGGGGUGUCUUUUUUUUUUUUUGUUUAGUUUAAGAAUUUAUUUUAAAAGAUGUUACUAAUGGCUAGUUUCUUAAGCUUUUUAUUUUAUUUUUAGCUUGCAUGGGACUCAAAAUUUCGGGUGAAUUUAUUUCCAAACAGUUUGAUUAAAGGGUUCCCAUUGGUAUGCCCCAAACGUGCCAGAUCUUGUAAAAAUGUUCAUAAAAUGACACGUUUACAUGAAUGCAAAGAUUUUGGACGUUCCACCUCUAAUAGUUCACAGUAGGGAUCACCUGCCUGCAGGUGGUCACAGCAGUGUAUUGAGGUGUUGCAUAAGUUAAAGACAGCAUUAGAUUACUCAUUGUAUUCCUGCAGUGCAGAGGAGGCCUCUGGGGCAUACAGUAUAGCACAUUGUGUUCUCGUGAAACUCACAUUGUCAUAACUCUGUGUAUGUAUAAGUCAUAACUUUAGGUUGUAGUGUCUAUGUAUAUGUCACACAGUCAAAACAAAAUGUUGGGUGUGCUUAUACAUGACUGUCAACUGAUUGUUCAAAUGAGUCCGGACCAUGAUGAGUUCUGUAUGACCUAAUCACUUCAUUACAAUGUACACAAGAUGCAGGACAGGCUGAUCCAGAGAUCAGCAAAAUGCAUGUGGUGUUGGUGGCCAAGUGAGUUACACACUGCUGUCUUCUGUAUUUGUUGAGUUCUGAACGGAUGCAAGGCACCAUCUACUACACUGAUCCAUUGACGAUUAAGUUCAUUCAGUCAUGAUGUAAACAUCUUUAUCUUUUUUUGUGGGACAGCACAGGGUAAACAAACAAACAUUUGCAUUCUUUGUAGAUGCUGUGAACUGAGCUGAAGCAUGGGUGAUUCUGCUAUUGAUUUUUUUUACACAGAGGUCUGUGUAUUGAUUUGUUUUCUUCUUUCUUCCGUUAGAUGUAUGCAUUGCAAUCACCAUAAAUACAACUACAAUGUUAACAGAUCCUUUUUUCUACUUAUGAAGACAUUGCACGCUAAAUAGUCCUUUGAUGGGAAAAUGUAGGGUAUUUUGGGGACUAGUGUCUCUUCAACCUAGCACGGAGUAAUAUGAUCCCCCAGGUACCCUUGUGAAUAUUGAUGCUGCUGUUUUCCAGUGCUUGCCCUUAUAGAAUACCUCUCCUCCUAACUCCCCAGGAGAAUGUUUUUCCCUUUUGAGAUUUGUAUAAAUCUGGCCAUGCAUUGAUUGGUGUACUUUGUCUUAAAUAACUUGCUUCUGUUGACUAAAAGCACACCCACAACAAAAAGAGGAAAAAAGCAAGUUUUCAGUGCGACCCAAUUAAGAGAUUGUACACAUGUAACACUACUCUCUUCUCACUAGAAGCAAUUAUUGAAAAUAGUUGAGACCUUUGCUUAGAGGGGUGGAAUUUGAUGGGCAGAGCUUGUGGAGAUUGUAAUGGGGAAGUUAUUCAACUGGGAAGUUUUCAGACAUUUAAUAUUGUCACAUUAUUGGAAAAUCAAGAUGUUCACAUCAAUUCAGUGAACGUAAUUUAUGCUAACAUCAUUAUUAACUAUGGCCUGCCACUAUAACAAAAAAGGUUAUUUACCCGGUUGUUAUUUAACAACAUUGGUGAUGGGUUGCAAGUUAUCUCCUUGAGUUUUGUUUUUGUUUUGUCGACAACCAUUCCAACAUGGCUCCCCAUUGGAAGUGCUGACACCUUCCUCCAUGCAGUGCUGAAUAGCUUUCUCCAUCUUCUACUCUCCCGCAACAACUUGUAAUAUUGUGUCUCCAUAUGUGGCCUAUUUUAGAUAAAUAAUGAUGAACGUGUACUUUUUUUACUUUAACACACUGCUGUUUGAGAUCAAGUGCUUAUUUGUAUUUUGAUAUAUUAAAAAAAGGCAACAAUGCAGUGUUUGUGUCAUGUAGAACAUUGUUCCUCGCCCAGUGCAGUCUGUGAUGAUGUAUCUGAGAUGUCUGUAUUUUUCCAUGAUUUAUACAGUGUCUCAACAGUGUAAUCCCAAUAAAACAGAAGCAUUGUCUAUUA